CCUAUUCAACCCCAUCGUUUGUGAAUGCUUUGUGAUCGUCAAACUGUCAAGGUUUCCCUCGAGCUCUGGUUUCAUCGUGUCAUCAUGAUCCAGCUCCUGCCAUCAUAAUGAGCAUAUGGACAAGCUAAUCCAAAAUCCCCAUAACUCUACGAACGUCUGACUGCUCUGAGCUUUCCAUUUCCUGAAUCACUUCAGCUUGUGCACUUUCUACUAAUCCUACCGGCAUCUUCCCUUACUCUUCUUCGUCAUCCACUCUUCCCCUACUGUACCUUCCUCCUUUCCACAAUCUCCCAGUUGUUCUUCCUUCCGAUCCAAUUGCACAAAAAGACGCCUCUGUUUCCGUACCUCAUCCACAAUGUCUCAAGCCCCCAUGGGUGACAGAAUCUCAUGGGGUAAAGAGAACAUGAGACAACCUUUCUUGGGCGACAAAAAACUGCCGGGUGAGACUGAUUUUCUCCGUUGGGGACUCGACGGGCAAAGACCUGUCAUGGGCGACAACGCGGAUGAUCUUCGUUUAUCCGACGCCAGGCCCUCGAAGAAACGAAGGACCCGCGCCUCCAAAACUACCGUGGAUGCGGCAAUUCCUGUUGACCAUGAUUAUCUUCCCAUAGACCCUGCCCUUCGUCCCACAGUCCCGCAUCCCGCGGCGAGAAUUCCCAACAAUGAUCGCGAUGUAUCGUUUGCUGCGCCGAAACUCGAUGACGAGACGUUGCAUGGAAUCUUAGAGCUCUUUCCAGAUAUCGACCGCCAAUACGUGCAUGGACUCCGAGCAGCGCUUCAACCCCCAGCGUCAAAUAAUGGAAUCAAUGUGAUUAAUGCCCACACUCAGUUAAAAGAGGAUCUCAUUGAGCAAAUCCUGGCCCAGGACUCCUAUCCUAAACAGGAAAAGGUUCAAAGAAAACGCAAACAGACUAAUGACGACGGCAAAAAAUGGGAGGCGGCCGCAGCACGCCCUUACGACCCCUCAUACUAUCAGAAUGCCUGCGACGUGCUAGGCCAGGAGUUUAACCGCGUCCCCGUCUCUCACAUUCGCAAAGUAAUGUCGCAGAAGCAGAGUCUUUACGCUGCUUACCUUACCAUAUAUGGUCAAGAAUCUUCGUCAGCCCAGCCCGCUAUCCCUUAUUCCAGAUUGAAGCACCCGAGAUUCGCGGAUAUGUGGAAAUAUACUGAAUUUGGAGAUCUGGAAGAGUUACACGCAGCCCAACGAUAUGUUCAAAAAGAAUCUCUUGCACUUCGAAAGCGAGAACAAGAUGCAGAACUGGAAAGGCGCAACGAGGAAGAAUCUGCCCGCGAUGGUACACUUGUGGAGUGCCAGUGCUGCUACAUUGAUGUCCCGUUGAACAGAACCAUGCCCUGUGAAGGAGAAACUGUCCACUUCUUCUGUUUCACCUGCAUACGCAAAUCGGCAGAGACUCAAAUUGGACUCAUGAAGUGGCGCCUACAGUGCUUUGACACCAGCGGCUGCCAAGAGAAAUUUGAUCGUUCUCGACUAGAGCAAACGUUGGGACCAUCGCUGAUGAAGAAGCUUGAUUCUUUGCAACAAGAGGAUGAGAUCCAGCAAGCCUGUCUGGACGGACUCGAAUGUUGCCCCUUUUGCGACUUCAAAGCCAUUUGUGGGCCGUUAGAAGAAGAUCGAGAAUUCCAGUGCCAGAAUCCUUCAUGCGAAAUACUCAGCUGCCGUCUAUGCAAUACCGAGAGCCAUACCCCGAAGACCUGCAAAGAGGCCCGGAAAGAAAGGGGGCUCCCCGAACGUCAUAUGGUUGAGGAAGCUAUGAGUGAAGCCCUGAUCCGCAAUUGCCCCAAGUGCAAGGUAAAGAUUAUUAAGGAAUCUGGUUGCAACAGAAUGUCCUGUACCAAGUGCGGUUGUCAUAUGUGCUAUGUCUGCAGAAAGGACAUCUCCAAAGAGAUGUAUAGCCACUUCGGAAAGGCCCCUACAUUCUGCGACACAUACGAUGAUCAUAGGAGCCGCCGCGAUCGAGAAGAAGUGGAGCGGGCUCAAGCUACGGCUAUUUCCCAGGUUCUCUCACAGAAUUCCGACUUGACCGAGAAGGAUCUCCUGAUACACAAACCUACCAAGAGUAAACCUCCAGUCUCUGCUCCACGACCUAGGCGAGCGGCGCCUGCUGACCAGCCUUUUCAGCGCGCAUAUCAUGAAGUUAGAAACGUUCGCAUGGUUACAAUUCAGCAGCCGUUCCAACCACGCGUUGUGCACGAAUAUCCAAAUCCGCGUCACAAUGCCGCAGCGGAUGACCCCCAUGCGUUCAACCCUUUUGCCAAUUUGCCGCCGAUGCCGCCUGCGUAUCUCGAAACCUGGAGGCAGGGAGUUGAAUCAAAUCUCCCUCCUGCUUUUCAGUUUCCGCAGCAGCAGCUCCCUCAGCAGGCUCCGUCUCACGUCUUCGCCCAGGGAAAAAUGCCAGCACGCCCAGCCGCAAAUCAACCGGGGUGGCGGCUCCCAUAAAACCCUCAUUACGGUCCUUUCUAACCCAGGUCUAUACC